AUGCCUAACACCUCUGAGGUUGACGGGGUUGAGCCUAGAGAAACCCGUUUGACCAUCCCCAUCCUAUCUGCCCUCAGGAAACAACUCGAAAGCGAGCCCUUGAUGCUGUGCGGCUACUCCUCUACAGCCACUGAGGCGCAGCUCGCCGAGAGCCAGCAGACGUUUGGAACGGAGUCUUUUUGCAUACGCAUUACAGCGAUUAAGGAGGAAGGUUUCAGUCGGGACGGCCUGUGUAAGGUUGCCCAGCUCCACAUCUGGGCUCCCGUAUCAGACCGCUGA